AUGAAUACUCAAGUUCCGUUUGCUCUUAAAACCAGUUUGAAGAUGUGCAUACAGAGACUGCGGUAUGCUCAGGAGAAGCAGCAGUCACUUGCCAAAAAAUCGCGUAGAGAGGUUGCUCAACUUUUGGGUGAAGGAAAAGAGCUAAAAGCACACUACAGGAUUGAAACUUUGAUCAACGAUGAUGUGCAUGAAGAACUGCUGGAUAUCCUUGAACUUUAUUGUGAACUACUGCAUGCCAGGAUUGCUCUCCUCAACAACGUGGUGGAUGAAGCCGAUCUGAUAGAUCGCCAUGUGGACGAUGGAUUGAACGAAGCUGUUCGAGCCGUGGUUUAUGCGGUUUUGCAUGCUCCUGAAAUCAAGGAAUUACAACAAGUCAGAGAUCUGCUGACGUUCAAGUUUGGCCCAGACUUUUAUCGUGCAAUUGUGGAUGCAAAGGUGGGUGUUCCAGAAAAAGUACUCAAGAAAUGUAGUCCCAACUUGCCUGGCGAGGAGCUGGUAACCCUAUAUCUCAGAGAAAUCGCAUCUGCAUAUGACGUUCCUUAUAGCAAAGCUCUAGAUCCAUCGCAAGAAGAAACUGGAGAACUAGAAAGCACUUUGUCACCUGGAGAUUCUAGCUCUGAUGACGGCAGACCCAUAGUGGCUGUCGAUAACGGCUCACUAGAAGAUAAAAAACACCCCAUUACGGUGAAAAAACCCAGGAAAAACAGUGACAACAUAGGAGUUGACCUCAAAGUUCCUCAGGACAUUAAGAAACAAAUCAGAGUUAAGACGACCAAAGAAAAUGUACACGAGACAGAUCUUGGUGAACUCCAGGAGCGCUUUGCUGCACUUCGCAGGUAA